CCGGCUGCUUUCGUUUGGCGGAGAAGAUGGCGGCUCCGGGACCGGGGGAGUAUUUCAGCAUUGGGAGCCAUGUCGCCUGCCUCACCUGCCUGGGACAGCGCUUACAGGGAGAGGUCGUCGCUUUCGAUUAUCAGACCAAGAUGCUGACUUUGAAAUGCCCCUCGUCCAGUGGAAAGUCCCACCUCAAUGAUGUCAUCCUGGUUAAUUUAGCCUACGUGUCCAAGGUGGACACCAUCAACGAGCGCAGCGGGACUCCGCCCCCUUUAGCGUCUCUCAAUUUCAGCAAGCUCGCCAGUAGAGCUCGGGCGGAAAAAGAAGACAAGCUGGCGCAGGCGUACGCCAUCAGCGCCGGAGUCUCUGCGGAGGGCCAGCAGCUGUUCCAGACCAUUCAUAAAACCAUCAAAGACUGCAAGUGGCAGGAGAAGAACAUCGUGGUGAUGGACGACGUCGUCAUCACGCCGCCGUACCGAGCGGACAACUGCAGAGGCAAAGAGAGCAGCGCGUUAGGACACGUACGCAAAAUAGUGGAGAAACACUUCCGUGACCUGGACCAGAAGUCUGUGCAGCGCUCCCCAGCACAACAAACACAGAAGGACUCGGUCUUGUUGGCGUGAGCGCCGCCGACGCUAGAUUAUUAUUUUUUGUUUGUUUUGGGGUUUUAUUUUGUAAUCUGCCUCGAGGCUGAGGCCGAGGUCGAGGUCACCACCUCCUUCGUCCCUACCGGCGCGAGCGCUCUACACGGAGAACAAAAAAAAAAAAACAGCCAAACCCAACAGAAUAGCAGACUUAGUUUUAGAAAAUGUUUAAAUUAACGACGGAGCGUCCUUCAUUUUUUUUUUUUUCUUUUUUUCCUUUUCUCCCCCUCCCCCCAGCGUCAUUUUUUCUCUCCUGAAAUAAAUGUCCCCCACUCGUGUAUUUGCCAAGAAGAAUGAAUGAACAUCAGGCUUUCGGUUCUUUUAUGCCUUUUUAAAAAACUUAUUAUUUUUUUUUUUAUGAAGUGUUCAAACAAAAUUGAGAAAAGAAGGAAAGACUUCGCAGUUACUGGGGUUGAAAAAGUCUUUUUUUCUUAUCAUUAUUAUUAUUAUUAUUAUUAUUAUUAUUAUUAUUAUUAUUAUUUUGUAAGAGUAGACUGAAGUGAUGCGAGCGAGAUUUCCAGGGCGUGCAUAUUCACACCGCAACGACGUGGGGUGUUUGUUUUCAACGCCGCUCUGAUUAAUUUUGCGGGGAAAUGUGGAUUGAAGUCGUUCACUCGGAGGACGUGAAGUCGUUCACGGCAGCUGAGAGCUGGCAAUGCAGGGUUGGAUGUGAACAGAGUUUUGUGGAGUUUUGAGUCACGCUGCAAUUUAUUCAUAUGCUUUCAUGUAUGUUCUGUGGGUUUUAUAUAUAUAUAUACACAUGUAUGUGUGUGUGUCCGAUUGGCCAUAUCGCACUAGCCACAAGCUACUUGUGAAACCACGGCAACUGGCCGUAAACUAAAGACCACUAUUGGUCAACGUAGCGUGAAUUCAGUGUCGAAGAACAGAAACAUUUUAGAGACGCGUUUGUCGAAGGACCUGGUUUGCUUUGCCGCCGUGUGAAUGUACCACCUGACCCCGGUGUCCGAACAGAGCCCGGUUUAAAGGAAAUCUCCGCACUGAAACAUGCUUCUAUUGAAAUAUGUGAUGUGUUUCGUGACUCUGGUGACAGUCUGUCGGUCGGUGCCGUGUUCUCGUUAUUCCUGUGAGAGAUUAGCGGUUGUGUGUCGCUCUGGUGGAAGAGAGGGACGUUGUAGCUAGCGCAGUUACAAUGAUGUUCGUUAGGAGAAAAGAUCAAAGAUCUGAAAAAAUGAACAAACUCUGGACUCAAAGUCCCAGAAUUCAACGCAGCCUUACGUCACGGUUGAGACUGGGCUCGGCUAGUCGGCGAUCUAGGAGACGACGAGCGCGACGACGAGCGCGACGGAGUCGUUAGCGCGAAAACUUGAAGCUUUGGAAGCCGAUCUGUUUUGGCAGAACGUACAGAUGAGGAAGUGAGAGAGCCGGACAGACUGAAGGACUAAAGCGCCGCCGCAUCGCUCCCAUUAGAUAGAGAUGAUUCGAGGCCUAAAUCCCACUACACCGUUAUCAGCAGGCAGUCGAAAGGCAUUGUGGGUAAUUUAGGAAAACCGUUAAUGAGAGUGAAAAUAAACCAUUUGAACUAAUAAAUAAAUAAACAAACAAAUAAAUAAAUAAAUAGACAGAACACGUGUAAAGAUGAUUUAUUUUCCCCUUUUAAUAUCAUCUUUGUGUUGUGACUGUUAAAACUGGGGAAACUCCGCCCUGAUCCUCACAGAGACCUUGUGCUUGAUUCCGCUCGCGUUACGGAAUCUGUGCGGAUCGGAUUGGACGCUCAAAAUUUGGCCUGGCGCUUCUCAGACACGCCUAAACCAAGGAACAAAACAGGAACACCGAGUACCUGGUGUGUCAGGAGGUUGUGGGCGCGUCCACAUUUUAUUGGUUCUUUGGGGUUUAUUUUUUAAAUAUCAGUUGCCGGACGAGUCAUUUCUUCCUCUCGGGGGGCGGAGCGGGGGAUCUGAUAUCUCUGAAGGCUUGUAACUUGGCACAGAAUUUCUGUUCUCGUGUUUAGCUGCUCAUAACCUCUAAACGGAGGAGCGAAGCUCUUCAGUAAGUUUACAUUGUAUGUGAAAACUCUAAGCUGGCAGUGGACAUGGCUUGUGGAGAAACGCUUAGCGUGAGGAGACUCCUCCGUCAUGAUGAGAACUCGUAGUAGUAUUAUUAUUAUUAUUAUUAACACCUCAUUGUGAAGCGACGACCGUGUCUCUUCACUCCUGUACAGCAGAAAGCCUCAGCGAUGAAUUUUAACAGCAGUGUUCAUGCAAGUCCUGUGCAUUUAGCCUCCUUACAUGUUUGCACAUGGGAAGGUUUUUCUGUUUUUCGCAGUUACGUUCUCACCUCUCGGGACUGUGAACUGGAAAUUCUUCGGAACUUCUUUCGCAAAAGACAAAUGUGACAUUGUGAAUACCUCUUGCAUCAUAACAAGACCUCAUUUUUUUUUUUUCCUUCUUUUUUCCCCCCCACACCUGUCCUAACACCUCAUUCCGUGACUGUUUUUUU